AUUCAUGAGUUUCUCUUGUUUCACAGGCUUCACAUUUGUUGAAAUAUGAUUCUAUGCUUGGAACUUUUAAAGCAGAUGUGAAAAUACUGAAUAACGAGACUAUUACAGUUGACGGUAAACCCAUCAAGGCUGUCUCUAGCAGGGAUCCUCUUAAGCUUCCAUGGGCCGAACUCAGAAUUGACAUUGUCAUUGAGGGAACAGGAGUGUUUGUGGACGGCCCUUGUGCGGGAAAACACAUCCAAGCAGGUGCCAAGAAAGUUAUCAUCACUUCUCCUGCAACGGGUGCUGAUAUUCCAACUUAUGUUGUUGGAGUGAAUGAACAAAACUACGGCCAUGAAGUAGCCGACAUCAUAAGCAAUGCUUCUUGCACCACAAACUGUCUUGCUCCGUUUGCUAAGGUCCUGGACAAAGAGUUUGGUAAGCAAAGAUAAUUACUUUAGCGCAACAUUUGAUUCAUGGGCCAAAGCCGGUUAGUUAACUUUGGUCUCUAUUUUCAUGAAUUGUUAAGGGAACCAUGACAACCACACACUCCUACACAGGAGACCAGGUACAUUAUCAACUAUAACAUGUUUGUUGGAAUUGAAAACUAUAUAUGCGAAAUGGAGUCUAAGAGUUGUGUUUAUGCAGAGGCUUCUGGAUGCUUCACACAGGGACUUGAGAAGAGCUAGGGCUGCAACACUGAACAUUGUUCCCACCAACAUAUGAGCAGC